AUGGAAAAAGAUCCCUGGAGGUCCGGUCCCUCGUAUGAAUACCGCGAGUACAAGGUCAACGGAUUUCCCCUCGUCGGCCAGACCAGACUGACCCUCUACUCUGACCCGGGAAACGAAGCCCUUUAUUCCAUCACGGAUAUGAGUUCAGAUGGGUUCUAUUGGGAUUUGGUAACCUCCUUGCGGAAUGACGGAGCCGGAGACAGCACCCUCUCCACCUCCUAUACCAGUGAGCUCAAAGUCACCAGCGGCAGCGAAAGCGAAUUGAACAUGAACUUGGGGCUGGCGUUCAAGGGUGUCAGUGUGGGAGUUGGCGGAUCCGUCAAGACCUUCCAAUCGAACGAGACGACCAAAAGCCAGACGCAUUCCGUGCAGGUGACAAUUCCCCCACAGUCGGUCGCUCGCCUGUACCAGAAGAUCUACCGGUUCAAGACCUGGAUGUGGUUUAUCAACGAUGCGUGGAAUGAGUUGAGUCGCGUGGGCGGCCAGGGCAAUUACUCGCCCUCUCACGUCGAGGGCUACGUCGAGAUCAAAUCGCUGGAGUACUUCGUGCGGCAGGAUAUCCUGUAUGGAUCGGGGAGGACCUCCGCCGACCGGAUCACUAAUAAGGCCGACUUCAAAUGGACUCGGAAAUUCGAGAAUACCACACGCAAGUGCCAGCGAUAUCUCCGAGACCGGCGUGUUACUAUUCCCAGCAGCUAGCAGGUUGUC